UCUCCACAACAUUCUCUCUUCACAAAAAUAAAAAAACCCCAAAUCGAUUUAACCAAGUUAGGUUUUUUUUAAGAUUAUUAUCAUGGUAUUCAGCAGUUCCAGUCACUUCUCUCGCUGCUAAUAUCGCCUUUUUCGCUGCAUUGCUCUCGUCUUAUUGAUUGAAGUCAAAUGGAGACAGAGAUGCUUAGAGUGAAUUCCCGGUUCAAACCAUUGGGGAAGUUCACUCAACAGUUCGAGCUUUUUAAUUUUUAUUUUUUAUAAGCUGUGAUUGAGGUUUUCUAAUUUCCUUAUUUCCAAUAUCGAAGACAAACGAUGGGCUACCAUUGAAUCUGUUGAGUUUGCUGCUAUCAUAUGAAAAGGCUUAACUGGUGUUAGCAACUUCUCUUCUCUUUGCUUUUCUAUUAUUUUAGAGGUUGUCGUCAUCACUUCUUUCACUCUGAAUGACUCCGCAACAAUUUCAUUGUCUUCGACUCACUAAGGUACCGAGGAGAAGAAAAGGCUAGCAAUUGGCUCGAAAGCAGGGUUAGCAGCGCAUCCCCACGAUGGGUGAGAUUUUGAUUGAAGAUUCAUGUGCCACUUUAACUUUAGACUCUUGACUUUUGAAAGUGGACAACAACCAAUUACUAUGGUUUCUAUAGGAAGCUUCCUUUCAUGUUGUCUUGAAAGGGUUCACAAGAGCUCAAUAAAGAAGAUAGCAGAACAUACUAUGGAGGGGAUCUCUCUAGAAUUGAAAGAAAUUUCCUGCAGAGAUCUCAAAACCUUCAAUUUCUUCCAAAAGCUCUCAGUCUUUGUUGCCGUCUCCAUUUUUAUUGAUGAGCCAAAGAAGAAUGAACAACGGCGAAAAAAGACGGCAGUGGACUUUCUUUAUGGUGUAUUGAAGAGGAACGAGAAGCAACAACAACGUCUGAAGCGGCAAAAGACUCCUCCGAAUACUUUCAACGAUGAAGAAAAGAAGAACGAACAGCAACAACUUCUGCAGCGGCAAAAGACACCAGUGGACAGAGAAGGAGGUAGCAACCCUAAAUGGAACCAUAUGAUGCAGUUUAAUCUCAAUACCACUUCGCUUCCUGAUUACGGUGAUCAUCUCUUUUUCAAAUUUGAAUUGCGCUGCAAAGUUUCCAUCUUUGGUAACAAAACUAUUGGGGAAGUCUGUGUUCCAUUCAAGGAUUUGAAUGAGGAGUUCAACGGCAGUGUCAGGUUUGUGAGCUAUCAGGUCCGAAAUAGCGAUGGGAGGCCUAAUGGUGUCCUGAAUUUUUCCUAUGAGGUGAACGGGAAGGUCAAGAAGAAUGAAGUUGAUGGUGCAAGAGUUGAUUUGCCUCCAGGAAUUCGUUUCUCAUCACCUAAAAAAGUCCAUUAUCCAUCCUUGGAAGUCGAUGUUAAGUCGAGGAAAGCAUGCUUAUAUCCUUCCCUGGAUGAUAUAAGCUUCAGCUCUCCUUCGCCAGGAACCGGGUUUCCUUCUACGGAGUUGUGUUAUCCAGUAAAGGCAUGUUAUACUAUGCCUCCGCCAGCCUUUCCUUUACAGCUUCCUGGGGGUCACAGAGUGUAUCAGCUUCAAUAUCCAUCACCAUUGACACAGUCUCCAGGUUCAUAUUGCUACACAACAAAGACAACUGAGCAUGGUUGCGGUCUUCGUGGGCAUACUGGAGGUUGGGCAAUUAGGGAUGUUAAUGUAUAGCUAGUUAGGUUAGUGUUAGAGAGAAUGUUGAUGUUGAUAUUCUUCAAUAGCAGGCUGGUGCCUGAUGUAAUUUCAUUUGUGUAAGAAACAUUCCACUCUGCCAGGUAGUUAGGGACAUGAGUUCUAAUUAUUGCUACGCUAGACACGUUACCUACAUACUGCUCAUGUCUCGUUGAUCAGUUCGUAGUUGAUAUCAAAGGAAAUGCUAGCUCUCUUUUCUCUCCA